AUGUCUAACAAAGUUUUAACCACCUCUAACGGAAACCCCGUUGAUAAUGACCAAACCUCUCUCACUGCUGGCGUCUGGGGACCUGUUCUCAUGCAAGACUUUCACUUAAUUGAUAAACUUGCGCAUUUUGAUAGAGAGCGUAUUCCUGAGCGUGUUGUUCAUGCCAAGGGUGCGGGAGCCCAUGGUGAAUUUGUUGUCACUCAUGAUAUUUCUCACCUCACCAAGGCUAAAUUCUUAAACAAGGUUGGUAAAAAGACCCCCAUGUUUGCUCGUUUCUCUACCGUAGGCGGUGAAAGGGGUAGCGCAGACACCGCUCGUGAUCCCCGUGGGUUUGCCUUGAAGUUCUACACAGAAGAGGGUAACUUGGAUGUUGUUGGUAACAAUACACCCGUCUUCUUUAUCCGUGACCCUUCCAAAUUUCCUGAUUUCAUUCACACUCAAAAACGUAAUCCUCGUACCAAUCUCCAUGACAAAAACGCAGUGUGGGACUUCUUCUCGUUGGUACCCGAAUCCCUUCACCAAGUCACUAUUCUUUAUUCUAACCAUGGUACACCCGAUGGUCAUCGUCAUAUGCAUGGCUUUGGCUCACAUACAUUCAAGUUGGUGGAUGAUAAAGGUAAAUGGAAGUACUUCAAGUGGCAUUUCAAGACCCAGCAAGGCUCCAAGAACUUGAAGCCUGCAAAGGCAGCUGAAUUGGAAGGAACCAACCCCGAUUACUCUACCAAUGAUCUUUUCCAAUCUAUUGAGAAUGGCGAUUAUCCAACCUGGGAUGUUUGUAUUCAAGUCAUGGACGCUGAGGAUGCAAAGAAGUACCGUUGGAACGUAUUAGAUGUGACCAAAGUUUGGCCCCAUAAGGACUAUCCUCUUCAACCAGUGGGCAAAUUCACAUUGAACAGAAACCCCGAGAAUUACUUUGCCGAGGUAGAACAAGCAGCUUUCUCACCAUCUCACAUGGUGCCCGGUAUUGAUACCUCAGCCGAUCGUAUGCUACAAGGCCGUCUUUUCUCUUACCCUGAUACACAUCGUCACCGUCUCGGUGUCAACUACAAGCAAAUCCCCAUCAACCAACCCCAAUGUCCAGUUAAUACCUACCAACGUGAUGGUUUCAUGACCGUCAAUGGAGGUAGUGGCCGUGCACCCAACUAUGGUCCCAACUCUCAAAAUGGACCGGAACAUAACAAUCUUAUUGGCUCCAUAUUUGCACCUGAAGAAGUUGAGGGUUUGAUCGGUCGUUUCAGUUUUGAGUUGACAGACGAUGAUUUUGUUCAACCCGGAAACCUCUACCGUCUCAUGACAGAGGAGGACAAGAACGAUUUGUGUGAGAAUAUUGCUGGUGAUAUGGAGACGGUUGAUGAUGAAAUCAUCCAACGUCAGCUUGCUCAUUUUGAACGUGCAGAUCCUGAUUAUCGUCGUCGUGUUGAGGCUGCUCUCAAGAAGGUAAAAGGAUAA